AUGUAUCCUGCGUGGCUUCGGACCUCAGCCCUGGCCGGCCUUGUUUCGACAACGCUCGCUCUGGAUCUCCCAGAAUACCGAGGUCUAAAGACUUUUCAGAACGCAAGUGUCCUCGAAAUCACUCUCCACAACCCAACAUCGCCGAUCAAUGUCUGGAACCAUGAUUUUCAGACUGGGUUGGCCGACAUUGUACAGAGGCUUCAGUCCGACAAUGAAACCAAGGUCGUCAUUGUCAAGAGCGACGUUCCUGGUUUCUUCUGUGCCCAUUUGGACCUUCUGAUGCCCGGAAUUGAAACUGCCGCGGGUAGUUUUGUAGAACUCAUGUACAACAUCUCGAACCUGCCGCAAGUGACCAUCGGCGCAGUUGACGGGAGAGCCCGCGGAGCAGGGAACGAACUCCUGAUGGGGCUCGACAUGCGUUUCGCUACCAAGUACGAAACGCUCCUCGGACAGAUAGAGGUGGCCACUGGCCUCAUCCCAGGGGGAGGAGGGAGCCAGCAUCUUCCUGGACUUAUCGGCCAAGGCCUUGCAAUGGAGUAUAUCCUAAGCGGCAAGGACAUCAACGCCCAAGACGCGGAGAGAAUCGGCUGGAUCAACAAAGCUUUCGACACAUCGAGUGAGAUGUACGCGUACAUUGACGAGCUCACCUCGCGCUUGGUUCUAUACCCUCUUGCAGCGCUAGCGGCGGCCAAGGAGUCAAUCAACCUUGCGGCGCGUCCUCCGUUGGAGAACCUUUUGCAAGAUGUCGCCUCCUUCAACCGCCGGAUCGCUGAUCCGAUCGUGUCGCAGCUCUUGGGCAAAGCAUUGUCUUUGACGAACAAUCAGUCGCUUGGCGAUGUGGAGCUCAAUUUGGGAAGGGACUUGCCUCUACUUUACACUUAA